CGUGUUUUGUAUUUUCAAAUCUCUUUCUCAUAACACUCACCAUGGCUUCAAAGCAAGCAAACCGUCAAGCUAUCACCCUCAAAGGCUCUACCGCUUUGGUUACUGAAUUCUUCAAGUAUGCAGUCAACACGAUUCUUUUCCAACGCGAGGUGUACCCGUCUGACGAUUUUCAUAUGGUUAAGAAGUACGGGCAAACUGUCCUCGUUACUCAAGAUCUUGCCCUGGAGAACUACCUCGAAAGAAUUCUGAAACAAGUCCAGAAAUGGCUGCUUACCGGUUCUGUCACACAAUUGGUUCUUGCCAUCAUUUCAAAGGACGCCCGGACGCCUCUAGAACGCUGGGUGUUCGACAUCAAACUUGUUGAGCCGCCAGCAGAUUCGACAACUGAAGCACCACCGAAACCAGAAGCCGAAAUACAGUCGGAGAUCCGGGCUAUUCUGAAGCAAAUUAUUUCAAUGGUCACCUACCUGCCAGUGAUACACGAGCCAACCGUGUUUAAUAUUCUAGCGUACACGUCUGAUUCCGCAGACGUUCCUGCCGGUGAAUGGGUAGAUACUGAUCCGUUGGCGAUUGAGGCGAGCAAGAGUCAGCAGGUGAAGAUGAGGAGCUUUAGUACAGACGUGCACAGGAUCGAGGCCAUGGUCGCGUAUCGAUAUGAAGAGUAGUAGUGGCAUGUAGUAUAAUUUUGGCAGAUAGAUGGUUGCUG